GAGUCAGUCGAGCUGCGUGCAGGACUGUUGGUGACCGACCGGCUGGUAUGUUACUCGUUUAAGUCGCUACGAAUAAAUACCAGCAGGGGUUAUCCAGACAGCGAGGGCUCGAUUUCCGAUCCAGAUUCACAGCGGUCCACACAGAAUAUGGCGGAGCAGCACUCAGUCGCCGACAGCAAGCACAAAGCUUCCACGAAUGCUGGGGACUCAAUGCUGAGCAACAGUCGGCCUAACCCCGCUGCAGCUGGAGGCCUCUCCGGUGGUCUUACCCAGCCUGCUGGUUGGCAGUCCUUGCUCUCAUUCACCAUUCUGUUUCUGGCCUGGCUUGCAGGCUUCAGUUCCAGACUUUUUGCCGUGAUCCGCUUCGAGAGCAUCAUCCACGAGUUUGACCCCUGGUUUAACUACAGAUCAACACAUCACCUCACAACAAAUGGGUUCUAUGAAUUUUUAAACUGGUUUGAUGAACGAGCAUGGUAUCCUCUGGGAAGGAUCGUAGGUGGCACAGUGUAUCCAGGUUUGAUGGUCACAGCAGGUCUUAUCCAUUAUGUGUUAAACCUGCUCCACCUCACAGUCCACAUUCGGGAUGUGUGUGUCUUCCUGGCGCCCGUCUUCAGCGGCCUCACAUCCAUCUCGACCUUCCUGCUCACUAGAGAACUGUGGAACCAGGGAGCUGGCCUCUUGGCUGCCUGCUUCAUAGCUAUAGUCCCAGGCUACAUCUCCCGCUCAGUCGCGGGAUCUUUUGAUAAUGAAGGCAUAGCUAUUUUUGCACUUCAGUUCACGUAUUACCUUUGGGUGAAAUCUGUAAAAACUGGCUCCAUGUUCUGGGCGAUAGGCUGUUGUCUCUCCUAUUUUUACAUGGUGUCUGCAUGGGGUGGUUAUGUAUUCAUCAUCAACCUGAUCCCUCUGCAUGUCUUUGUGCUAUUGCUUAUGCAGAGGUUCAGCCGCAGAGUCUAUAUAGCUUACAGCACAUUCUACAUUGUAGGGUUGGUGUUGUCUAUGCAGAUCCCGUUUGUUGGGUUCCAACCUAUAAGAACAAGUGAACACAUGGCAGCUGCAGGUGUAUUUGCUCUACUUCAAGCAUAUGCCUUCCUGCAGUAUCUUAAAGACCGGCUAACUAAACAGGAGUUUCAGACGUUGUUUUUCCUGGGAGUUUCGCUGGCUGCCGGAGUGGUGUUCUUGAGUGUCAUCUACCUGACCUAUACAGGGUACAUUGCUCCGUGGAGCGGCAGGUUCUAUUCACUGUGGGACACAGGGUAUGCCAAAAUUCAUAUCCCGAUCAUCGCUUCAGUGUCUGAACAUCAGCCCACCACUUGGGUUUCCUUCUUUUUUGAUCUGCAUAUCUUGGUCUGCACAUUCCCUGCAGGCCUUUGGUUCUGUAUCAAGAACAUCAAUGAUGAAAGGGUCUUUGUUGCCCUGUAUGCAAUCAGCGCAGUGUAUUUUGCUGGAGUGAUGGUACGGCUGAUGCUCACAUUGACCCCAGUGGUGUGUAUGCUGUCUGCCAUCGCUUUCUCCAACGUCUUUGAACACUACCUGGGGGAUGACCUGAAGAGGGAGAACCCACCCAUAGAGGACAGCAGUGAUGAAGAUGACAAAAGAAAUUCUGGAAACCUGUACGAUAAGGCUGGCAAGGUGAGAAAGCAUGUGUCUGAGCAGGAGAAGAUGGAGGAAGGACUAGGCCCCAACAUCAAGAGCAUAGUCACCAUGCUGAUGCUAAUGUUGCUGAUGAUGUUUGCUGUUCACUGCACUUGGGUCACUAGCAACGCUUAUUCCAGCCCUAGUGUCGUCCUGGCAUCUUACAAUCACGAUGGCACGCGGAAUAUCUUGGAUGAUUUCAGGGAAGCUUACUACUGGCUUCGACAGAACACAGAUGAGCAUGCGCGAGUGAUGUCAUGGUGGGACUAUGGGUAUCAGAUAGCAGGAAUGGCCAACAGGACGACUCUGGUGGAUAACAACACUUGGAAUAACAGUCACAUAGCGCUGGUUGGAAAGGCCAUGUCUUCGAAUGAGAGUGCAGCUUACCAGAUCAUGCGGAGCCUGGAUGUAGAUUAUGUGCUGAUCAUCUUCGGAGGGGUGAUCGGAUACUCUGGGGACGACAUUAAUAAGUUUCUGUGGAUGGUCAGGAUAGCAGAAGGAGAACACCCCAAAGACAUCAGGGAAAGUGACUAUUUUACACCACAGGGAGAGUUCCGAGUGGAUAAGGCUGGCUCCCCCACCCUGCUGAACUGCUUAAUGUACAAGAUGUCCUACUACAGAUUUGGAGAGAUGCAGCUUGAUUUCCGGACGCCUCCUGGAUUCGAUCGCACGAGGAACGCUGAGAUUGGAAACAAGGACAUCAAAUUCAAGCACCUGGAGGAGGCGUUCACCUCCGAGCACUGGCUAGUCAGGAUUUAUAAAGUGAAGAAGCUGGACAACCGGGAGAUUCUGGAUCACAAACCUCGAAUCACCAACACCAUUCCCAAACAGAAGUAUUUAUCAAAAAAGAUUGCCAAAAGGAAGCGUGGAUACAUCAAGAAUAAACUAGUUCUGAAGAAAGGCAAGAGAGCCAACAAAAAAGCGGUUUAAAAAAAAAUAGCAGUCAUCUGGAUUCCCUGACAGUCUUUGCCUUGAGCUGAAGUCUAUUCUGUUCUACAGAGCAGUGGGAUACAGAACUAUCAUCUCGUCACAGUUUAUAUGGAGAUUCAGAUUGGAGCUGUAAUGCAUUGGUUUAAUGAGAAUACUCCUCUGUGUAAGGGGGGUCUCUCUCAACUCUUUUUUUUUUAACUUGAAUGUGCUGGCAAGGCAGGAAGCUGCUUUCUUUUACCACAAUCAUUUUGUGGUAAAUAAUAUAUAAUCUUAUAAAUCUACUAAAUAAAAAAAUAAUAAUAAUAAUUUGGACAUAUUGCACCUAGAAUCCUCUUAUUUCAUCCUCGGCACAUGUAAACUUGUUACCUUUUUAAAUAAGAACAUAAAAUAAACUAAAGAGGUUCAUUGAAAAGAUGCGUUACAGUUCCUGACGCGUGUACAGACAAAGCAAUAUACGGAAUGGAGGAGCGUACGAGCGAUAGAGCUGUCCUGUGUACUUCUAAGUUUAUUUUGUCUUUUUCUAAAAUGUUUACCAAAUGUAAAUAUGUUAUAAAGAAAUCUCUAAAAAGGGUUAUAUAAUAUAUUGGAUUGUUGUAGCAUUUUUUUUUUUUUUUACUAUACAGAAUAUUUGUCUCUUUUCACAAUAGCAGUGUUUUUGUGGGGUUUUUUUGUGGCAGUUACUGCUUCCUCCCCUGUCCCUUGCUGGAAUUAAAAAAAACAAAACAGUGGUGGAAUAAUGAUACAUCUCUACAUAACCUGCUGCUGUGAAAUUAUUAAAUUGAUCAAAUCUAGAUAGGUGUGCUUUUAAAGCUGCUUUUUUUUUUUUUUUUUUUUUUUUUCCUUUUACAUAAAAGGAAAUAUCUGUUAACCUUAAAUAGCAGGCCAAACGUGGUCUGAUUAAUACGUACAGUGUAUCUAUCUUCCAUCAACAACUUUAAUAGCAAGUCUAACUGUCCCCAUGAAUAUUGCACGUCUGUAUAUUAGUAACAAAAGAGCUGUCCAUUUUUGAAAAGGUGACAAGUCUACGAAUCUCACACUGCGUAGGAAAAUAGAGGGUUUCUAAUGUAGUGUUCUCCAAUUCAAUACUGUUAACCCCUUAGGGGUUUCUUUUGUGUUUUUUUUUUUUUUUUUUUUUUUUUUUUUUUUACUUUUGAAUGUUAAGCCUUUUUCUUUUAGUCUGUUAACUGGCUACAUUUUUUUUUUUUUUUUUUUUAAGAAAUAACAUUAAUUCUUAAUUGUUAAUUUCUCAGUAUGCCAGACUGAGAUCAGUAAUAGCUAAAUGUGGAACUACAAACUCCAGCAGACCACUCGCCUCGGUCUACAACUUGAUAUGUCCUUGAAGCAAGUGUAAACAGAUAGCAAGACGAGCAAUUUCAGAUUUUUUUUGCGGGGGUAAUAUUAAUGACAUCCUGUAAUUAAGAUGUAAAAUUGUAAUUUUCUAUGUUUUAAAUGUUUAUUCCAUAAAAAAAAAAAGCCAAUGGUGGUGUAAAAAGAGAAAUGAACCCUUUUGAAAUAUAAACAAAAAUCAAGUUCAAUUGAUCUUUUCUAGCCUUAUAAUGAGUUUUGUUUCUGAAGAUGUAGAAUUUUUUUUAUUUUUUUUUAUUUUAUUUUUUUUAAGUUUUCUGCCCCACCCUUCCUUAUAUUUUGGCGAAUUCAUGCUGCAGGCAUCUCCCAUUCUCAUUACAUUGAGCAGUACUCUUGGGAGCUUUUUCACCCAAGAUUAAGUUUUUACAUUGUUACUUAGACUUUGUUCAGACCUGUUCAAAUGUAGACAAAAUAAAGUUCAAGUUUGUGUAAA